AUGUGCCAGUGCGACGAAGAGCGCCCGCGAUGUUCACGAUGCGUGAGGCUUGGAAAAGUCUGCCCCGGCUAUCGACAGGGUGUCGAUCUCAUAUUUCGCAAUGAAAAUCGGAACACAGUCUCAAAGUCGAGGCUCCAGAAAUCAGAAAAUAGCUUCGCUCUUUCAACUCGAGGACUGCACCCACAUAACCAGCAUGGCUCAAAUUGCGGAACAUUGACUCAAACCCUAUUAUUACGUUCCCUUUUCCCUUCGCAAGAUGAUCAAACUCUCUGUUACUUCUACGAAUUCAUGAUGCAUACCAUGCAUGAGUCAGACCAUUCUCGUUAUCUCCAUCUGCAGCUUCCCACUCUAUUCUCGCGGAGUCGGCAAGAUUCCGCGCUAUGUCUGGCUACACAAGCAAUAUCGUAUGCUGUGCGCUACCUUCAAUCGCUCUCUGCACUGAGACGUGCAAUCCAAGACCCAGUUGAAGCUAAGAGUGACGAGAACUUGUAUGCAAUACUCCUCCUUUGUGGAUAUGAAACAAUUACGUUUGACUCAGAAACAUCGUCGGCAUGGGGUUCGCACGUAGAUGGAGCUUGCGCCCUACUUAGAUUUCGAGGACAAGAAAAAUUGUCAACGCCGUUGCAAUGCAAUAUGUUUCUCUUCAUUCGACGAAACGCUAUACAUGGCCAUACUCAGCUUUCUCGACCAAUUGAUCCAAUCUUUGAUGAGCUUGCAGAUGCAGCGUUGCCUUUCGAGAAUCCUGAAGACCGACUCCUUUCAGUAACCAUCAAAAUACCACAACUUCAGUCCUCGGUUAAUAACAUCUUCUCGAAGUCAAGGUGGAACAUUCCCGACAGUGACAUUGCCGAGAUCAUUCGAGCUUGCGAAAGCCUGGAUUGUGAGCUUGCAGAUUGGGCAAACAACGUGUCUCCUGCAUGCUCAUAUAUUGCGGCUACGAAUCUAAACCCCACCACUUAUUCAGUGGUUCCGAGUUUGUUCUUCAUCCCUGAUGAAAUCCACAGGUAUUCAGACUUCUAUGCAGCGCGGAUAUGGAAUCUCUACCGCGUCUCACGACUGAUCAUUCACUCAAUCCUUCUCCGGGCUGAGUCUGAGCUUUGUACCCGUUCCCAAAUUGACCGAGAAACGCUGAAAGACAUCCACAGUCAGAAGGUCGUCCGUACAUUAGUCAACGGCAUAUGUGCCAGUGUUCCAUACCUUAUGGGCUACGAUUUGGCACAGUUGAAGAGACCAACUACAAGCAUCAAUUCCGUGGCAGAUAAAAUGUGGCCUCAGGAUUCAAUGGUGAAGGUCGACAAAUCGAAGCAUACGGGAAGAUUUUCUCUCGUCUGGCCUCUCUAUCUUUGUUCCAGUGUGCCAUCAGUUCCGGAAAGUCAAAGACGAUGGAUGCGUGCUCAAUUACAUUGGCUUGCUGAAAACGGUGAAUCAUAUGCAAAGCUCUUAUCUAAAGCACAGAGCCAGACACUCUUUGGGAGGCCAGAGGAUUUCAGAUUUGAUUGCGUCUGA